UAGGUGUAUUCGAUCCUUUAAUACAUAAGUGGCAUCUCUUCACCCUGUCUCUCUUUUCCCUUUCUUUCUUUGUUCUCUUCUCUCUCCCAAGCUAGUUAGCUUCUUAACAGUAACUCAGCAAUCAAGAGGAUCAGAUCCAUAGGAAGUUUAUCUGUCCAUCACCAAAAACUUCACUGAUCAGUCAAUCCCAUCAAUCAAAUCAAAUCAUCAGAAAGAAAGAAAGAAAAAAAAGGGAAUCAUCAAAAAGAGAAACAAUAUGUCCGCUUCAUCCACUUCCUUUUCACCGGACCAACACCUCUCUCCCUCAGACCAGCUCUGCUAUGUUCAUUGCAAUUUCUGUGACACUGUCCUCGCUGUGAGUGUUCCUUGCACCAGUUUGUUCAAGACUGUCACAGUGAGGUGUGGCCAUUGCACCAACCUUCUCUCAGUCAACAUGCGUGGACUACUUCUUCCUGCUGCUAAUCAGCUUCACCUUGGCCAUUCCUUCUUCACUCCUCAAAAUCUUUUGGAGGAGAUUCGAAAUGCGCCUUCAACAAACAUGAUGAUGAAUCAGCUCCCUAACCCUAAUGAUUUGGUCAUGAGCACCAUGAGAGGAGGACCUGAAGAAACCCCUAAGCCACCAUCAGCUAAUAGACCUCCAGAGAAGAGACAGAGAGUGCCAUCUGCUUACAACCGCUUCAUCAAGGAUGAGAUCCAACGAAUCAAAGCUGGGAAUCCUGAUAUAAGCCACAGAGAGGCCUUUAGUGCAGCUGCAAAGAAUUGGGCCCAUUUUCCACACAUUCAUUUCGGACUUAUGCCUGAUCAUCAACCCGUGAAGAAAGCUAAUGAAGCAGAGGACGUGCUCAUGAAAGAUGGGUUUUUCGCACCGGCUAAUGUAGGUGUCUCUCCCUACUAGAUGUGUUUACUGUGUAGGGCUUUGAGUGUCUCUAAUUAAGUAAUUGUACUAGGACUUUGUCGUAUGCAAAUUAAUGUUGUGCACUUGUGUUAGUGUUAGUACUUCUUAGUUGUUACAUGUUGUUAGUUUUAUGUUACAAUCAAUGGUGGGAGGGGAUUCUGACGAAGCUAGAUUAGUUCUUCUGAAAAUGAAGAUGGUUUAUUUCCUGUUGAACUGGUCCCAAA